AUGACCUUAAAUCUUAGUGUCCUGACUCCGAAUCGAAUUAUUUGGGAUUCAGAAGUGAAAGAAAUCAUUUUAGUUACGAAUAGUGGCCAAAUUGGUGUAUUACCAGAUCACGCACCUAUUGCCACAGCUGUAGAUAUAGGUAUUUUGAAAAUACGCCUUACUCCUAAUGAUGGAUGGUUAACGAUGGCUCUGAUGGGUGGUUUUGCUAGAAUAGGCAAUAAUGAGGUCACUAUUUUAGUAAAUGAUGCGGAGAAGGCUAGUGACAUUGAUCCACAAGAAGCUCAGCAAACUCUCGAAAUAGCGGAAGCCAACUUGAGGAAAGCUCAGGGCAAGAGACAAACAAUCGAGGCAAAUUUAGCUCUCAGACGAGCUAGGACACGAGUAGAGGCUAUCAAUGGCGUACCUAGUUAA